AUGACCACCUCCACCAACAAUCCACAAUCUCCCUCUGGCUUUGAGAAGAUUGCCAACUUCCGCGAUGUCUCCAAAUCCCUCACAUCACCCCUCAUCAAAWCAGGCUUCCUCUACCGAAGCGCAAAUCCGGACCAAGCAACACCGCACGACCAACAACUCCUCCAAGAAACCUACAAAAUAAAAACAAUCAUCGACCUCCGUACAGACUCCGAGCACCUUUCCCGCCAAGAAACCAAAAACUCCCCUUCCAAGAAAGAAAAGAACCUCCCGGCAGACAUCCCAAUACUAGACUCCCUAACGCCAUCAGAAAACGCCGCACCAUUCUUCUCCGACAACCCCCAACCCUCCGGAGCAUCCUACAAAACUGUAGAAAUCAACUUCAAUGGCUCAACUUACACCUCCGCCAUGUUCUCCUCACUUUCCUACUAUCACCAAGCCAAACUUGCUGUCCUCUACGGCUUAGGCUACCGCACUCAAGCCAUCAAAAUCAUUGGCGAGAAUGUCAUGGCGAAAAGGGGUCUGACAGGACUAGCAAAGGACAGUCUGAAAUUCUGCCAAGCAGAAAUCAAAAGCGUCUUUGACAUUCUAUCCAACGAGGAAAACUGGCCAGUGUUGGUCCAUUGUACUCAAGGAAAGGACCGGACUGGUUUGGUAGUGUUGCUUGUUCUUAAAUUGUUACAUGUCGAAGCGCCGGACAUGAAGCGGGAUUAUUUACUCUCAGUGCCAGGUUUGUCGGGUGAUUUGGAAGAGAGGAUGAAGGCGAUUAGUAGUAUUGGACUACCAGAAGAGUUUGCGGGAUGUCMAGAAGACUGGGUGCGGGAGAUUUCAACUGAGAUUGAGAGGGAGUGGGGUGGUAUUGACCACUACUUGGAGGGCGAGUGCGGAGUACGGAAGGAGCAGGUAGAGGCCGUGAAGGCGAUAUUGAAGAAGUAG